CAUCAAGCAACAAGCAACAAAAUGUCAUCAAAUACCAAACCAUCAUCAUCAUCAAACAAUAAUAUCCCAUUCCCUCAACCAUCAUCAUCAUCAUCAUCAAACCAAAUCAACAUCACAACCACAACUACAAGCUCAAACCAAGAUGAUUUCUCAACCACACGAAUCACAGAUUCAAGAAUGUCAACUAGAUCUCGUAGAGCAUAUUAUACGCCUCAAACUCCAAGACAAUUCUCUCGUUCGGCUGCUAAAAGGGAUUCGGUGAUGGCUUUAGGUUCAAUUGCUCAUUUACAACAUUAUUUUGUAAAACACGGUUUAGCAAGUAAAGAUAGACCUGGACAAAAUAAAAAUUUAGUAUUAGCCAUUCCAGGUACGACGACAACUUUAACAGAAGAAGAAGAAGAAGAGUUUGAUGAAUUACCCACACCUUUACCACCCCCACCUAUGCCAAGUCAACCAUACUUUCCACCCGGAAGAGCGUUACCGAACCUAACCGAUUUAGAAAGUGCCCGAAGAGAAGUCAUGAAUCAAUUAGAUCAAGUUUGUGAGAGUUGGGGAUUGAUUGAAUUGACUUCGAUGAGAAGAGUUUCAUCAGCUCAAUCGAAUCGAUCAAUUUCAGAUCAAGAAAGAACUUCGAAUAGUACGAGUCCAGCUCUAAGACCUACUGAAGAUGAUUUUGUGGUCAAUCUUUUGGCUCUUACUACCGGAGCGGUUCGAUCGGUUCAAAAGUUUAUCCUUACUUUACCGGAUCUUGAUUUGAUUGAAUCUACUUCAAAACCAGGUUCAACUCAAGGUGGUUUGGAAAGUAGGAUCUCUCAUUUAGAAUUAUCUACUUCUGCUAGACCUAGGAUUUCGAAAUCGGUUUUGAAUCCGUUUAGGUCUACUAGUGCUUCGGCUCAUCAUUCGUCUCAUAAACCUUUCUCUAGAGCUUCUUUGAUUGAUCCAUUUGCACUUUUUAAAAAACGACUUCCAUCUAAAUUCCAUCAAACUAACAAUAAUAAUAACAAUCAUCAAGUUGAAGAAAGUAAAGAAGAUCCAUUAAGUGUGUUAAGAAGAACUUCAUUGGACGUUUUAGGAUGUUUAAAAGAAAUCGAAUUCAGGUACCGGAUUCCCGGAUCAGCCACCCCAACCGAACCGUUCCAAUCAACCAUCACAAGUUCAUCAUCAUCCUCUUCACCUGAUUUUUCAUCAGACACACCACCUUUGAUAAUCGACACAAGUACAGAAGAUUCGACUUCAUCUAUCUCCACUUCGACAAAUUUGUUACCUGCUUUAAGUUGGGAUUAUCGAUCGGAUCUUGGAUUACAGGAUGUGAGACAAGAAGCUAUGGUGGUGAAAAGAUGGCUUGAAGCUGUUGAUGGAGUUCUAGAAGGUGUUACGAUUAUCAAUCGACGUCCAUCUUCAUUUCAAUCUGUUAAUCCUAAUCCUAAUCUGAAACAUAAAUCGAGUGGAAAUUCUAUCGGAUUAGGAUUACCUUUGAUUAAAACUCAACAGAAUAAGUUUAAGAAGAUGUUUAAUUCUUCUAAACCUAAUGAAACGGGUGUACCAGGGAUCUCGAUCCAAGAAGAAAAAGAAGAAGAGAGUGAAGAAGAGAUAGCGGAAGAAGAAGAUGAAGAGAAUCCAUUAGAGAAAUGGGCGAGAGAAGAAGUAGAAGAAGAACUAGAAGAGAAUGCAAAUGAAGAAGAUCGGGGCCUAAAGAAGUUAAUAAGAGCAUACGAAUGUCUUCGAUUCUUUUUACCAUUUGAUCAUCUUUCUCAUUUAAAAUCACCUAUCGAAUCACGAACCGAUUUCCUAAAAUGUUUAUCGGAUGGAAUGUUAGUUUGUAUAGCUUAUAAUAUCGCUCUGAGACAGUCUCAUCGACCUUGGGGAUUUAUUCCUAGUCAAAGUAUACAUAAUGUUAUUGAACUUGAACAAAGAAAUCUUUCUAUCAUCACAUCUCAUUCCAAUCAGAAUCAAAAUCAUUCUAGUUCUAGUUCUGAUCCGAACGAACGAAUCGGAUUGACUUACAGAAGGAUGGAUAAUUUAAGAGUUUGGGCUGCAGCUUUGAAAUUGAGAUAUUUAAUUAAAUCUCAAGGGUUCGAACCGAAAGUGGUUUCAAGAGGUGAAGAUGGAUGGGAAAAGAUGUUGGAAAGUUUUGGAGUUUUAGAUAAACACUUGAACAAGAAACUAUCAAGAGAGAUUUUGUUGAUUAUAAUUAAUUUUUGGUAG